CUUUUCUGUCUUUUACUAUAUCAACAGUAGCCAAACCGUCUUAAAUUAAAACCAUCCUCACAUACUAAAACUUUCCAUUAGUUCCUCCAAAUUUGAUCUUUCUUUUUUCUUCCCUCCUCCCAUACUAAUUGUUCCAUUCAUGGAUCGCUCAUCUGAUUCCUCAACUCAGCCCUUGUUGCAAAACAAUAACAAUGCUACUAAUACUUCUUCAGGCAAACCAUCAAAAAAGAACCAUUUGGAAGCCAGCAAUGAGCUCGAAGAAGUGUUAUCAAACACCGAGCUGCCAUUGCUGAAGCGUUUCCGAAUGGCGUCGUGGAUCGAACUCAGGCUAUUGUUUUUCUUGUCCGCACCCGCCAUCGCCGUAUACUUCAUCAACUUCUCCAUGUCGACUUCCACCCAGAUUUUCUCCGGUCGUCUUGGCAACCUUGAACUCGCUGCUUCUUCUCUUGGCAACAAUGGAAUUCAGUACUUUGCCUAUGGUCUCCUGCUCGGAAUGGGAAGCGCGGUAGAAACGUUAUGUGGACAAGCAUACGGAGCCAAGAAAUUCGAGAUGUUAGGAGUUUAUCUCCAAAGAUCAUCGGUACUCUUGUGUCUAACCGGCCUAGCCCUAACAAUCCUCUACGCAUUCUCAAGACAACUCCUCUUAUUCUUAGGCCAAUCUCCCCAAAUAGCCUCAUCCGCGUCCAUAUUCGUGUACGGCCUGAUCCCGCAAAUUUUCGCCUACGCCCUAAACUUCCCCAUCCAGAAAUACAUGCAGGCUCAAAGCAUUGUGGCACCAAGUGCAUACAUAGCUGCCGUCGGCCUGGUUCUCCAUGUGGGUUUGAGUUGGUUCGUCGUGUUUAAAAUCGGGCUAGGUUUGUUGGGCGCGGCCCUGGUGUUGAGCUUCUCGUGGUGGUUCAUUGUGGUGGCGCAGUUUGUGUACAUUGUGACGAGUGACAGAUGUAAGGAGACCUGGACCGGGUUCAGCCCCCUGGCUUUCACCGGUCUUUGGGAUUUCUUCAAGUUGUCGGCUGCCUCGGCGAUCAUGUAUUGCUUGGAGUCUUGGUACUUUCAGAGUUUGGUUUUGUUGGCUGGUAUGCUCCCUAAUCCUGAAUUGGCCCUCGAUGCUUUGUCCAUAUGCAACACCAUAUCUGGGUGGAUUUUCAACUUCUCAAAUGGCUUCAAUGCUGCAGCAAGUGUGAGGGUGAGCAAUGAAUUGGGAGCAGCGCAUCCGAAAUCGGCAAAAUUCUCUACUAUAAUUGUGAACUCAAUCUCAGUCAUCAUCGCUGUGAUUUGCGCCUUCAUCAUCCUGGCUCUACGACACGUCAUUAGCUAUGCUUUCACCGAAGGUCAAGCAGUUUCCGAUGCCGUCUCCGAUCUUUCCCCGCUUCUUGCCGUCACCAUUGUUCUUAACGGAAUUCAACCCGUCUUAACAGGUGUGGCUGUUGGGUGUGGAUGGCAAACAUUUGUGGCAUACGUGAACCUAGCAUGUUACUAUUUGGUUGGACUACCUUUGGGUGCUGUCAUGGGAUUCUAUUUCAAGCUCGGUGCCAAGGGAAUAUGGUCGGGGAUGUUGGGUGGCACAGUGAUGCAGACGAUCGUGCUGCUGUGGGUUACUCUUCGAACUGAUUGGAAUCAUGAGGUAAUGUAUAUACUACUUUGUCCAAUAUAUAGUUGUUACAAUUAUAAGAAAUAAUAUUAUCUGAAAAGUCUUCCAAACUUUUCUUUCCUUAAGUAACGAUACACACAGUAGAACUAUUCAUAGAAAAUUCGUCGACAUAUGAAAUGGUAUGAACAACCUUAAUUGGGUUUCCAUCUUUAAAGAAUAUACUCAAUCGUUUUGUAUUUUCAUGUGUCAUAAAAUCAUUUCACUAGAUGAAUUUAAGUCAAUUUUUUUUUAAAAGUAAAAAAUAGGAUUAACUUUUACGUUGGAAACUGAGAGUCAAAAUUAUAAAUAUACAGUAUUAAGGUUUCUGUUUGGAAGGUGUUUUUCCUACAGAGUCAACAUGUUGAUUUGGCACGACUUAUUCAACUAUAAAAGGUUUAAUUUCCUAUGUGAAUGUGGAAUGGUAUAGGUAAAGGUGUUAUAAACAAAAAAAAUUUUCAUUGAAACAGUAUUCUUGAUUGACAAGUUAUUUGUUUGCAGGUUAAUGUAGCUAUGAAGAGAUUAGACAAAUGGGAGGACAAGGAAGAAUCGGUUUUUAAGGGUUGACGAUAAUUAGUCUGGAAAUAGGCGAAGAAUUGGCAACUUUGAAUUUUUAUUUUUGGUUUCCUGGGCAAACUAAUUGCAGAUUAUUAUUAUGACUCUAUUCUGAAUUUUUUUAAAAAAAUCAUUUAUUUUCUUGACUGGAAAUGGUCACUUCGAAGUGCUAUGCCAUCGACCAGCAUGCCCAACGUAUUUUAGCGGAGCCAAGUUUUUUCGUGACCACCGGUUUUCUGCAUCAGCCGAUGGAAUCACGCACACGCUCGUCAAAGUAACAAUAUGCGUUUCAUUUACCGGAAAUUUAUUAAGUCUCCGUGUGCCAAAAAAAAGUCCAUAUUAAGUUUAGUACAAAUUUGAAAAUUCAACCGAUUUUUUUUUUUUUUUUGGAACAGCGAUAGUAUUAAGUUUAUUAAUACCAUAACAAUAGUACUAAUGCCAUAGGUGCAUAUGCAGUACAUUUUCCGCUACUGAAUUGAUUUUUUUUUUCCCCUUUCGUUCUCUUUAUUCAAUUUCAUUUCCCGCUCCUGAUUCUGUUAACUAGCACAAAUCAAGGUACUUAAUUAUCAGAUCCUAGUUGACCCAAAAUU